UUUAUCUAUGGUCGCUGUCAUCUGUGAUUCUCUCCUAACCUACAAAUCAGUCAAAACAAGGCAUGCAUGAGGCAUUUACAGUAGAACCGAAUUUAAGUGCACAACGUUUCCAGUUAAACUGUUAAAAGGAGAAAAUGGGAAAAUUCCGCAGCAAACUAAAGGGCCAAAGCAAAGGCAAAAGAUGGCCAAAGGGGCAGAGCGCCAGCUCAAACCCGGUGACCAGAAAGUAUCGCGAUGAAGCCAAGAGCCGGUUUUUCCAGGUGGAAACUGGCCCCAGCAAGCUCACAUCCGCGUCGCUGAUGAAGCACGAUGCUUUGCAACUGUACAAAUCAGGAGAUAAAGACGUGGAAAUGCCGGACAUGGAGUCUGAGAGCAGCUACAGCGGAGCCUCCGGCUCCUACCAAUCCAUGCAGUCGUUUGCCUCCGAUUGGUCCGAGUGCAGCAACAUGUCGUUCAACAAGUUCUUGAGAACUUUCCAGGCCAAUUCCGCCCUGCAUAAGGAGAUGCUGGCCAUUCUGGCCGCAAUCACCGACGUGAUUAAGAUGAACGGGGGCACGGAGUCCUCCACAGAGUACUACUGCUCGCUUCUAACCACCCUGGACACCCUGUACAACGCCGAGGAGAAGAAGGAAGAGCAAGUGACUGCAGUGCUCGCCCUGCUCAACAUGGGCAUCAAAACAGUGCCCGAGGCAGUGCUGAAGAAGACCUUCAGCGACGUAACCAUGAAGAUGCUGCACGUGCUGCAGGAUUAUUCCUCGGCGGACAACAACGCCAUCAUCAAGGCCCUGCUGGGCAUUCUGGCCACUGUGCUGAGGGCGCAGGAGUUGGCGCUGUGGAACUUCGAAUCGACCAAGCAAGUUUUCGCCGCUCUGCUGAACCCAUUCUGCAUCCACAGCAAGCCCAAGUGGCGCAAAGCCGCCCAGCACGCAGUGGCCGCCAUUGUGAAGUCGCCCUGCUUCGAAGCGUCGCCCAACCACAAUCCUGCGGCCGAUAAAUGUGCGGAUUUCUGCCAGGAGAUUUUGGCGAACUGCACGGGCGGCGACGUGAACGCCAUCAAGUCCAGGCAAACGACCAUCUUGCAUACUCUCGGCCUGCUGAAGGAGACCAUCCAGACCUUUUCGACGAGCAACAUCAAGAAAUGCUGCGAAACCAUCCUGCGGCUGAUGACGCUCAAUUACCCGAUAGUGACUUCGUCUGGGCUGCAGGUUUUGCACUCGCUUUUCGCAGCCCAGAACUCUGUCGUGUCCAGCGACUUGAAUGGGAAGCUGAUCGCUGCCCUGUACGAGUACCAGCCCAGCAAUACGGAUAUUCAGCCGACGCUGGCUUGGUUGCUGGUCAUGCAGGAGGCUCAUGUGCAUCUGGCCGACGUUGAUCUGCCCGUGUCCGUCUCCCUGCUGCCGGCUUUCUUCAAUAAUGUGGUGCAAAUGUGGCUCUGCGGGAAAACUGAGGUCAUCAGUGGGGCCACUCAUUGUUUGGAGGUUCUACUCAAAGAUGCCAUCCGUCCGGCCUGCGAGUCCGAGCAGGCGGCGCAGCAGCAUCGCUCCAAGCUGGAACAGUGCUUCAACACGAUCAGCGGCUGCUUGAGCUACCAAUACAACGCGGCCUGGAGCCAAGUGCUGCAUGUGAUUGGCGUGAUGUGCGAAGUGGGUGGAGCCAAUUGCAGCGAUCUGCUGGAGGAGACGUUGUGCAGUCUGGCCGAGCUGCGCGACUCGUACAAGUUCAGCUUCAACAGCGAAGUGGAGUACGCAAUGGGCGCAGCCAUUCGCUCGAUGGGCCCCGAAAAGGUGCUGGCGGUGGUGCCGUUGCGACGAGAAAACGGCGAACUGAACAUGGAACGCUCCUGGCUGCUUCCGGUGCUCAAAGAAAACAUCAAUGGGGCGAAUCUGAGCUUCUUCAGGGAUGGAAUUCUGCCCCUGGCCAACUUCUGCCAGCAGAGGGCUGCCCAAUUGGCCCAAGUGAAUAACGGGAUUGGGGCGCACAGCAGCGAGCUGCUGUACAUGCAGCUCUGGAAUUUGUUGCCGUGCUUCUGCAAUCAGCCCGGCGAUAUACAGAGCGAGUUUAAAAGUGUGGCCAAGCUUUUGGGCAUGGCCGUGUCCGAUCGCAAAGAGCUGCGUCUCGCCGUGAUGGCGGGCCUUCGCAAGCUGAUCCUCAGUGCGAAAAAAUCAGAAAACUCAGCCGAUCUGGCCGAGUUGGGGCGCUUCGACAAGAACUACCUGCCCAUCCUAUUCAACAUCUACACAAUAAAACCGAUCGGCUCCGAUGAGGAGGGCCAGCGAUUGGCCGCAUUGGAAACCAUCAAGCUCUACCUGACGAUCUCCCGGCCCGAACUCAAUCAGCAGCUGUUCAGCAACGCUUUGGAGCGACUGAACGCGUCCAGCGACGAGCCAGAAGACCACUUCAUCAAGGAGUCCAUCCUGGAUCUGAUCAAGACGCUGAUCCCCUACCAAGGCGCCGACAGCAUCGCCAUCAUCUACGAGCAGUGCGUGAAGAACCUGCCGGCCAUCAAGAACAACAAGGAGCAGAAGAAGGCCUAUCGGAUCCUAGAGGAGAUCGUGUCCAGCGAAUCAGAGGGCUGCAAGCAGUUCGUCAGAGCCAAUCGCAAGGACGUGCAGCGCCUGCUGGGCAAGAGCUUGAACACAGCGGCCACGUCCAGCAAGGGCGCCCGACUGCGCUGCUUCAACCACUUGAUCAAGGCGCAGCCCCAGCUGGACCAAGACAGCAAGCUGAUCAGAAGCGUCGUGCCCGAGGCCAUCCUCUGCUGCAAGGACAUCAACGAAAAGUGCCGGCAGAUCGCCUUCGAGCUCAUCAACACGGUGGGCGAAACCCUCAUGGGGCACGACCAGAUGCAGCAGUUCGUCCUGCUGAUGACGGCAGGCCUAGCGGGCAGCCCGCCGAUGAUCUCCUGCAGCAUCCUGGCCCUGGCCUCCGUGCUCCACAACUUCACCGGCGCUUUGGGCCAGGACAACAUCCGGCUGAUCCUGGACAACGUCGCCACCCUGUCCAGCUGUCCCGCAAGGGAGAUCGUCACCUCCUGCCUGAGCUUCGUGAAGGUUUACUGCAGCGCUUUGCCCUCCCUGAUGGUGCAGGCCUCGCUGGACACCGUCAUGAGGGCCCUCACGGGGAUGACCGAAGACUGCCAGCGCCACUUCCGGCUGAAAGUGCGCGACCUCCUGGACAGACUCGUCCGGAAGUACGGCGCCGACAGCCUCACGCCGUUUGUGGCGCCGACGGACGAAACCAUGCUGAAGCGCAUCCGGAACCUGCGGAAGCUGAACGACAGGAAGAACCGCAAGCGGAAGCAGGCGAAAGAGGCCAGCCGCGAGGAGGAGGAGGCGGCCAGCUUGGAGGACUUCCUGGUCAAGGCCAAGCCCAAGAGCAUCGAGGAGAUCCUGGCCGACAGCGACUCGGAGCUGGAGGGGGAGGAAGGGGCGCACAGCGCCCAAAAGUCCAAGAAGCCAGCGGGCGCGUGGAUCGAGGAGGACGCCGAGACGAUAAUCGACUUCACCGACGCCGCAGUGGCAAGAAAAGUGCGCGCCACCAAGCCGAGGAAGGCGGCGGGCGCGCAGGCGGCGCCCGCCCCGGACAAGAACCGCGGCUUCAAAACAGCCGCCGACGGGCGGCUGCUCAUCAAGGACGACCACCUGGACAGCGACGACGACCACAAACCCCMRAUCAACCAAAACUCGGACAGCUCGGACAGUGAGGAGGAGGCGAGCAGCGUCGCCCAGGCCUUGCAAGUGGCCGGGCGGAAGCGGAAGCGCGCCAUGUCGGUGAAGAGCGGCUUCAGCUACCAGACGGGCGGCGUGGGAAUCCACCGGCCGCUCCACGCCGCCGCCUCCGUGAAGAGCGGCGUUUCGACGGGCGGCGAGUACAAGAGCAGGAAGGCGGCGGGCGACGUGAAGCGAAAGGGGCAGUUCGAUCCGUACGCCUACUUGCCGCUGCAGCGAAGCGCGCUCAACCGCAGGAAGAGGGCGAAGGGCAUCGGCCAGCUGGCCAGCGUGGUCAAGGGCGCGAAGAGCGGCGCUCUGAAGGGCGCCAAGGCCAAAAAGCACCGGAAAAACACCCUCUAGACCUAGGAACUAUCAGUUAAAUACUUGUAUUGUAUAUAAUUAAGCAAACUUUAAGGCAUACAUUGGCAGAGUUA